GGUGUUGACACAAAGGUGCAUAUCCUGAAGGCACUAGCACCUCCUACCAUUGUCAGCUGAUUCCUACGGAAAUCUGUUAUUUCUCCUUUUUGAGCACUUAUGAAUAACCACGUGUCUUCAAAACCAUCUACCAUGAAGCUAAAACAGACCAUCAACCCCAUUCUUUUAUUUUUCAUACAUUUUAUAAUAUCCCUUUAUACUAUUUUAACAUACAUUCCAUAUUAUUUUUUAUCUGAGUCAAGACAAAAACCAAACCAAAUUAAAGCAAAACCUGUAAAUUCAAAACCUGAGUCUGCAUACAGAGCUAUUAACAGUCUGGAUGGUUUGGCUUCAGUAUUAUACCCUGGAUGUGAUACACUAGAUAAAGUUUUUAUGUACGCGAAAAACAAAUUUAAGAACAAAAGACUCUUGGGAACUCGCGAAAUUUUAAAUGAGGAAGAUGAAGUACAACCAAAUGGAAAAAUUUUUAAAAAGGUUAUUCUUGGACACUAUAAUUGGCUCUCCUAUGAAGAUGUCUUUGUUAGAGCUCUUAAUUUUGGAAAUGGCUUACAGAUGCUGGGUCAGAAACCAAAGACCAACAUCGCCAUCUUCUGUGAAACCAGGGCCGAGUGGAUGAUUGCUGCCCAGACCUGCUUUAUGUAUAAUUUUCAGCUUGUUACGUUGUAUGCUACUCUAGGAGGUCCAGCCAUUGUUCAUGGAUUAAAUGAGACAGAGGUGACCAACAUCAUUACUAGUAAAGAACUCUUGCAGACAAAGCUGAAGGAUAUCGUUUCUCUGGUCCCGCGUCUGCGGCACAUCAUCACUGUCGAUGGUAAACCUCCAUCCUGGUCGGAGUUCCCCAAGGGUGUCAUCGUGCACACCAUGGCUGCAGUGCAGGCUCUGGGAGCGAAGGCAAGCCUGGAAAAUGAACCUCGUAGCAAACCAGUGCCCUUAGAUAUUGCAGUAAUCAUGUACACAAGUGGAUCCACAGGAAUUCCAAAGGGGGUCAUGAUCUCCCAUAGUAACGUUAUUGCUGGUAUAACUGGGAUGGCAGAAAGGAUUCCAGAGCUGGGAGAAGAAGAUGUUUACAUUGGGUAUUUGCCUCUGGCCCACGUCUUAGAACUAAGCGCUGAACUUGUCUGUCUUUCUCAUGGGUGUCGCAUUGGCUACUCUUCACCGCAGACCUUAGCAGAUCAGUCUUCAAAAAUAAAAAAAGGAAGCAAAGGGGAUACAUCCAUGUUGAAACCAACACUGAUGGCAGCUGUUCCGGAAAUCAUGGAUCGGAUCUACAAAAAUGUCAUGAAUAAAGUGAAUGAAAUGAGUAGUUUUCAGCGCAAUCUGUUUAUUCUGGCUUAUAAUUACAAAAUGGAGCAGAUUUCAAAAGGGCGUAGUACCCCACUGUGUGACAGAUUUAUUUUCCGGAAAGUUCGAAGCUUGCUAGGUGGAAAUAUUCGGCUUCUGUUGUGUGGAGGUGCCCCACUUUCUGCAACCACACAGCGAUUCAUGAAUAUCUGUUUCUGCUGUUCCGUUGGUCAGGGGUAUGGACUCACUGAAUCUUCUGGGGCUGGGACGAUUACAGAAGUGUGGGACUACAAUACUGGCAGAGUGGGAGCACCAUUAGUUUGCUGUGAAAUCAAGUUAAAGAACUGGGAGGAAGGUGGGUACUUCAACACCGAUAAACCACACCCCAGGGGCGAAAUUCUUAUUGGUGGCCAAAAUGUGACCAUGGGGUACUACAAAAAUGAAGCGAAAACAAAAGCUGAUUUCUUUGAAGAUGAAAAGGGACAGAGGUGGCUCUGCACCGGAGACAUUGGAGAGUUUGACCCUGAUGGUUGUUUAAAGAUUAUUGAUCGUAAAAAGGACCUUGUAAAACUGCAGGCAGGAGAGUAUGUUUCUCUUGGGAAAGUAGAGGCAGCGCUGAAGAAUCUCUCACUAAUAGAUAACAUUUGUGCAUAUGCAAAUAGUUAUCAUUCUUACGUCAUUGGAUUUGUUGUGCCAAAUCAAAAGGAACUAACAGAACUAGCUCGAAAGAAAGGACUUAAAGGGACUUGGGAGGAGCUGUGUAACAGUUGUGAGAUGGAAAACGAGGUACUUAAAGUGCUUUCUGAAGCUGCUAUUUCAGCAAGUCUGGAAAAGUUUGAAAUUCCGCUGAAAAUUCGUUUGAGCCCUGAACCCUGGACCCCUGAAACUGGUCUGGUGACAGAUGCCUUCAAGCUGAAACGCAAAGAGCUCAAAACACAUUACCAGGCGGACAUUGAGCGAAUGUAUGGAAGAAAAUAAUUAUUCUCUUUCAGCUUCGGUUUGCUACAGGGAGCUCAGAUCAAAUAGGAAAAUACUUGAAAUGCAUGUCUCAGACGGUGAGGCAAACUCCAUUCCUCAGAUGAAACCUAAACUGUCCUUUCUCGUGGCGUCACAAGUUUUAACUGACAGGAUUAGUAAAAUAUUAAGACAGCAAACUUGCGUCUGUCUCUUCUUUCUUCCCCUCCUCUAGUUUAUUUGACCACCUAGGGCUGCACUUGUCAGCAUGAGACUUUUCUGAAUCAUAUUGGGGAACAGUGAUUUUAAAACCUCAAGUUUUUAAACAUGAUUUAUAUGUUCUGUAUAAUGUUCAGUUUGUAACUUUUUAAAGUUUGGAUGUAUAGAGGGAUAAAUAGGAAAUAUAAGAAUUGGUUAUCUGGGGGCUUUUUUACUUACAGUAUUUAAAAACGCAAGGGUAUGGAUGUGAAAUUAUGUAAAUUUCAAAUGCUUAUCAAUCAAAUCAUUGUUGAACAAAAGAUUUGUUGCUGUGUAAUUAUUGUCUUGUAUGCAUUUGAGAGAAAUAAAUAUACCCAUACUUGACGUUUUAAGAAAUUGAGACGUUGUGAAUAUAUGCCUGACAUCAUCUUCUUUAUAUAUUUAUUUUUUGUUAGAAAAAAAUUGAAGUUUUGUUGGUGUUGCAUGAAACAAAAUAGCAGUAGGAAGUUAUGGUUUAAUAAUAAAGAAGAAAACAGAGCGAGUGUAGUCUCACCAGUGGGUAAUUAGUCUCUAGUAGCUCACCAUCAGAAUAUUGUCUUCUAGUUAGCUGUUGAAACUAGGGGAAUAUCCCAGCAAUUCUAAAAGUGUACAAUUAAAAAAACAAAGGAUAGAAGGACCAUAUGUACAUUGAGUUGUCUAUAUUUAUGACACAUUAGUCAAGGAAAAUUAUUCUAUCCCACUCUCCUAUUUUUUUAGUGUAGACGUUUAAUCAUAUAUCACAUUUCAAAAUUAGGAUUUUUUUUUUUUUGAUAGUUUGGGUGUGUGUGUGUCAGUGUCUGUUGGCAGUUUAUGAAAAAAGCACCUUAACCUUUCUUUCUACCAUAACCUCUCUGCACUAGAAAAUGGAAUAAUUUAGAAUGCUUCUGAGAACAGCAUUCUAAGAUACGUGAGAAUUUAAUUGACUUUGUAAUGAGGUGAGUUCAGAUUUAAUUUGCAGGUUUUUAUGUCAGUGUGGACGUUAUUUGGGAUUCUAAAAACGUUGCUUGUGUGAUACAUAGUCUUUUCAUACGUGUUGCUUGUCUCUUGUUAUUUGAGCAUUGUCAAGAGUAAUAUUGCACCAAUUAAGAUGUGUUCAAGUCAGGACUUCAAAAAAUCAUAGGUACCGUGUUGUUCAUAUCAUGUUAGUUAUUUUCUUGAUUCUCAGUUACUUCAGGUAUCAAAGGCAAAAAA